AGACUUUUAAAGCGAGAAGCUCAGGCCAGGCGUGUUUCAACAGAUGAGCGGAGAUGUCCUGAUUCAGACAGGGCCGAGAUUCGCAUGAGCGGGGGGUGGGGAUCUGAUUCUACACUGGAAUUUGUUGUUGUUUUCUUUUUUUUUUUUAUUCCACUCCCCGUCACUACAUAAAACAUAAGGCACCCUUUUUAACACAAAAGGACGCCGGCGACUCUUGAUACAAGUACAUCGAUGGUGAAGUCUUGCAAUUUUUGAAACUCCAAUCCGUUUUUUAAGCUCGGUGGAGGGGAGCGUUUUUGUGGCUUCCAGAAUUCAGCGGUCUGCCUCUCAAGCCUUUAACCCGAUGCUAACACCUCCCUCCAGCAGUUAGCAAAAGUCAUCGAUUAUACGUGCCAAGGAUCAGCCUGACAGGCUCUGGGAAGAGCUGAGCAGAAGAGAACCAGCUGUUUUGGGGGUCACUCACAAACUGCAGCCCAGUGAUUUAUUCCACUCAGUCUCUCCAGAGGAUGUCUCACAUACCCAGAGAGCAACUCUAGCCAAGCUGAAAAGAUACUAAUUUGUCAAGAGAAAGCUGUUCCAAUUCAGAGGUUGAACGUCUUAGCAGUGACAAACUGUGGAAGCUCCUCAAGUACCUACAGCAUCAAGCUUCAGACUCGUAAUUAGAGACAUUUUCCAAACAAUAAUAGAGGAGUCCAUUGAACUGGUCAAGAGGAAAUAGACCUGCAAGAUGGCAUCUUUUGGGCUUCCUGUGCAGCUGCUGGUGGUGUUUGGGCUUCUUUGCCUGGUUGAGGGCUCAGCAUUCCUCUCAAGUCAUCGACUGAAAGCGAGAUAUCAGCGUGACCGCCGGAAUAUUCGACCAAACAUCAUAUUGGUCCUCACAGAUGACCAGGACAUUGAGCUAGGGUCAAUGCAGGCCAUGAAUAAGACUCGGCGGAUUAUGGAGCAAGGUGGGACCCACUUUAUCAAUGCAUUUGUGACAACGCCAAUGUGCUGUCCUUCUCGUUCUUCCAUGCUGACAGGGAAGUAUGUGCACAACCACAACACUUAUACCAACAAUGAGAACUGCUCAUCUCCAUCCUGGCAAGCACAGCAUGAGCCUCAUACUUUUGCAGUGUACCUCAACCAGACUGGCUACCGCACAGCUUUUUUUGGGAAGUACCUCAAUGAGUACAACGGCUCCUACAUCCCACCUGGCUGGAAGGAGUGGGUGGGGUUGGUGAAAAACUCCCGUUUUUACAAUUACACAUUGUGCAGAAAUGGACUACGAGAGAAGCAUGGGUUUGACUACUCCAAGGAUUACCUGACUGAUCUCAUCACAAAUGACAGCAUAAACUACUUCCGCAUGUCAAAGAAAAUGUACCCACAUCGUCCCGUUAUGAUGGUGAUCAGUCAUGCUGCGCCCCAUGGUCCAGAGGACUCUGCUCCACAGUAUUCAAGUGCCUUUCCCAAUGCCUCGCAACACAUCACACCAAGCUACAACUACGCACCCAAUCCAGACAAGCACUGGAUCAUGAGGUACACUGGUCCUAUGAAACCCAUCCAUAUGGAAUUCACCAACUUGUUGCAGAGGAAGCGAUUGCAGACGCUGCUGUCUGUAGAUGACUCCUUAGAAAAGGUGUAUAAUAUGCUAGUGGAAAUUGGAGAGUUGGAGAACACUUAUCUAAUUUAUACAGCAGACCAUGGCUAUCACAUCGGACAGUUUGGGCUAGUCAAGGGGAAAUCAAUGCCCUAUGAGUUUGACAUCAGAGUGCCCUUUUAUAUCAGAGGGCCCAACGUGGAAGGAAGCGCCAUAAAUCCUCACAUUGUGCUGAACAUUGACCUUGCACCUACCAUUCUGGACAUUGCUGGGCUGGACAUUCCAUCUGACAUGGACGGAAAAUCAAUCCUUAAACUGCUGGACAAUGAGCAUCAAGUGAAUAGGUUACAAUUUAACAAGAAGGGAAAGGUCUGGAGAGACUCAUUCCUUGUUGAAAGAGGAAAACUGUUACACAAGAGAAAUGAUGAAAAGGUGGAUUCACAAGUGGAGAACUUUCUUCCCAAGUACCAGCGGGUCAAGGACCUCUGUCAACGAGCCGAGUACCAAACCCCUUGUGAACAACUUGGGCAGAAAUGGCAAUGUGUGGAAGAUGCUACUGGGAAACUAAGGCUUCACAAGUGCAAAGGGUUGAGCAGUACAGCAGUAUCGGGUAAGCAGGGAGAGGAAAGUGACAAGUCAAAAUAUUAUGGGAGGAACUAUGACGACUGUGACUGUGAAACAUCAGAUUACCGCCUGAGCCACGUCAAGAGAAAAAAACUUCUUGUAAAAAAGAAAAUGAAAGCAAACAAGAGUUAUGCCCGUAACCGGUCUACCCGAUCUGUGUCAGUGGAGGUUGGAGGCCGCUUGUACAGUCUGGACUUAGAGGAUGAAUAUCAGCCUGUUGUGCCAAAAAACAUCAGUAAACGAUAUUACCUGCAAGAAGAGGGCAAUGAUGAGGAAGAGUUUAGUGGAAUGGGGAGCACUACCAAAUCAAUAGGCACAAAUGAACUAAUGGUUCCCACUUCCAUCAAAGUUACCCACAGGUGCUACAUUCUGGCCAAUGAUACUGUGAAGUGUGACACAGACCUCUAUAAGUCUCUGCAGGCUUGGAAAGACCACAAGCUUCACAUUGACCAUGAGAUUGAAACUCUGCAGACCAAGAUCAAGAAUCUGAGAGAGGUUAGGGGUCACCUCAAGAAGGCCAGGCCAGAGGAGUGUAACUGCAGCAGAAUUAGCUAUCACACAAAGCAUAAAGGCAAGAUGAAACACAAAGGAGGAGGCCUGCACCCUUUUAGGAAGGGAAUGCAAGAGAAAGAUAAGAAGCUGUGGCUGCUGAAGGAGCAACGCCGAAAGAAGAAACUGCGUAAACUGCUGAAGAGGCUCAGAAACAAUGACACAUGCAGUAUGCCUGGACUCACCUGCUUCACACAUGACAACCAGCAUUGGCAGACUGCUCCCUUCUGGACAUUGGGUCCAUUCUGCGCCUGCACAAGUGCUAACAACAACACCUACUGGUGUAUGAGGACUAUCAAUGAGACACACAACUUCCUGUUCUGUGAGUUUGCAACUGGUUUCCUUGAGUACUUUGAUCUCAACACAGAUCCCUACCAGCUAAUUAACAUGGUGAACACUCUGGAUCGAGAUGUUUUGAACCAGCUCCACGUUCAGCUAAUGGAACUGCGUAGCUGCAAAGGGCACAAACAAUGCAACCCACGUACAAGGAAUAUGGAAAUUGGAAAUAAAGAUGGAAGAAGCUUUUACGAAUACAGGCAGUAUCAGCGUCGUAAGUGGCCAAAAAUAAGGAAGCCUGCUCCCAAACCCUUGGGCCAGAUAUGGGAUGGAUGGGAGGGGUAGCGUUAAGGAGCACCUUCACUUUGGACUGACAGGGGAAACUGACUGGUUAGAACCUAAAAUUCCAUAUGCCCUUGACAAAAACGAAUAAGACUUUAGACUAAAUAUUAACAUUAGCCUGGAGGACUGGAUCAGUUUCAAGGCUGCUGUAGAUAGAAUAUUUGCACUUUUGGGCAAUUUUAAUAGAAGAUAUAGUCAGCACCCUGGUUUUGCCUACAAAAGCACAGAAAUGGGUCGGGGUCAGCAUCAACAAGUCCAUCUGCUGCUGUUGUAUAUCCAACUAAUGCAUCUACCCAGGCCUCCCUGCAAAAAACUACUGUGGAAGUAUUGAGGAGAAUGUUUACGACUUGUGUGAGAUGAAAAUGCUUCUGCAGCUACUGAAAAAUGGGGACACCACUUUGAAAUGGACUAAUUUACAUAUGAAAAAUCAAGAGGAAGUUUGUGGUUCUAUAAAGGAAGACCCGUUAAACAGAAUUCUGUUAUAUUUUUUGUUCUUUUCACCAUGGAGACCAAACAAGAGCUGUCCAACAAUGAAUGAUGACUCUUGAACCCCCAUCAAUUCAUUUACCCAGCAAAAUAAGCAAAAAGCCAUUUGUUAUGAAAUGUAACUCGAUCACAAACUGCAGUUAUGAAAAACAGCAUUAUAAAGCCAACAGCCAUGAAGAAACUAAGAAUGGAUGGAAUAACUUGAAGAGCACAGAAUGACAAAGUGGAUUGACAUGGGUCUAUUUCACAACAUGACAUCAGCAAGCACGCAAAACGUUUCAAAAAUUAAACUUCAUUGGGACUGCCACACUAUUGACUUUUAUUUUUACUGAAUUGACUUUUCCAGAAAGAUUAUUUCCCCUUUGUAAAAGGCUCCUUCUGGUAUCUGUGAAAAUAUGAGCAGAUCAGUAUACAUACUAAAGCCUCCAACUCUGGAAAUUUGGUAAUGUAUAAGACUCAAGAUGAAAAAAGCUACAGGUGCCCCUAUUGUUCUGUUUUGUUUAUACUGACUUUCCACAACCUCUAGGACUCUGCCUGUGACUGAGGUGUUGAUAGUUAUCCUAAACAUCCAGUACUGUACUGUAAUCUCAUUGAAAGAUGGCAACUGCCUUUUCCUUUUACCCUGUGACCCAGCUCCUGUUCUCAACUACAGCCUACACAACCAGUUUCUCUGUUACUCUGGGCUUGGCCUCACCAAAAAGACAACUGCAGUUUUUCACCUUUUCUUUCAGGAGGGGAGUUGAAGGAAGGGGUCAUGCUUAUUCAUCUAACAUUAAAAAGUCCCUGUUAUUGAUAACGUUGUAUUUGCUAUAUUUGGUGCUACAAUGGUCUCAACAAAUUUUAAACUGCUGUAUGUAUAAGAAUGUAUGUUUUACAGUCAAUGUAAAUGUUGAAAUAUAUUUUAUAAUAUAUCCUUUUACGUGUGAAUGGGAUGGGCAAGGGCAUUUAAUAUUGCACUGUGCAAAUGAGGUUCCCCUUUUGUAUUUGUUAUUUUUUGAACGUCAAAAUAUCAAAAAAAAAAAUGUUUAAGAUUCAUCUAGUUGGCACAAAUAACCCUAAUCCAUGGGGAUGGGUGGGGGGUUAAGAAAUAACCCAUUUAAAUGGUAAAUGUUAAAAGUAACCUGCUGCAUUGUAUAUAAUUAUAAAGCUUGUUUUGUUCUAAGCGUUCCUCAAUGAAAAUUUUGUAGGACUCAUUUCCAUUUGUGAAUAAAGUGUGGAAUGCGCAAAAGUU